AUGUCCAAGACACUUUAUGUUCUGUACGAAGCCCCGACCGGGUACGCCGUUUACAAGGUGCUCACGUCGGAGGAGAUUGGCGCCGGGGAUGUGGCGCUGCAAAAGGAUCUGCAGACAUUUGCCACAUUCUCCCCAUGGGUGAAGCUCAUCUCAUUCGCUCCCUUUCAGUCACCAGAGAACGCCCUAGAGGAUGCCGUCUGCAUCAGCGAGUCACUUGUUAGCCCGUUCUUGAACAAUUUUCUCUCAUCCGUGCUUGCCAAGAGGGCGAAGAAGGGCGAUGUCAAUUGGGAGCUUGGUGUGUGCGACGCAAAACUCGGCAGUGCCAUUCACGACGAGCUGAAGUUCCCUGUUGUGUGCAACGAGAAUGUGGUGGAAAUCGGUCGCUGCCUACGCAUGCACGCGGAGAAGUUGCUGCCGGAACACAAGGAAGGCGACAUCCCUCGUGCGCAGUGUGGUCUCGGUCAUGCCUUUUCACGUAACAAGGUUAAGUUUAACGUGCACCGCAGCGACAACAUGAUCAUUCAGUCUUCCGCCCUUGCAGAGCACAUGGAUAAAGGGGUGAACCUGCUUGGCAUGCGUGUGAAGGAAUGGUAUGGUUGGCACUUCCCAGAGCUUGCGAAGGAGGUGCCUGAGCCGCUUAAAUACGCCAAAGUCGCGCUACUCAUUGGUAGCCGCAGUACACUGGAGGAGCGUGACGCCGAGGAGGUCACGCAGCAGAUAGCCGAUAUACUUGAGGGAGACGAGGCCCUCGCAGCCCGUGUAUACGAAAAGGCCGUGACGUCCAUGGGUGGGGACAUGGCGGAAGUGGAUUGGUUGAACAUCCGCGCCUUCAUGGAGCGUGUGACAUCGCUGGGUUCCUACCGAGAGUCGCUGCAGCAGUACCUUGUUGAAAAAAUGAUGCUCGUUGCGCCAAACUUGACGGAGCUGAUGGGACAAAACAUCGGUGCGAAGCUCAUUUCAAAGGCGGGCUCACUGACAAACCUCGCCAAGGCGCCUGCCAGCACCAUUCAGAUCCUUGGCGCCGAGAAGGCACUUUUUCGCGCCCUCAAGAAACGUAAGGGCAACACACCGAAAUACGGGCUUAUCUUUCACUCGACAUUUAUUCAGCGCGCAGCGAAGGAGCACCGCGGGAAGAUCUCACGCUAUCUCGCCAACAAGGCCG